AUGAGGGCUAUCACCGGCGGCGUCGUCUCCUCCGAGCCCUGUUCCCUCGAUAAGGCUGCCCGCACCCUCCUCUGGUUCUCCAAGUCUGCCGCCUCCCACCUACCCUCCUCCGACUGCGAUACCUACCUCCGCACCGUGACCGACGCCACAGUACAGCUCAUCUACUUCCGCGAAGAACUCGGCGGCAGGCACCAGCAGGGUGCCGCUAACUUCGAUGCCCACGACUAUGAGGAUCCGGUGGAGGGCGAUAGAAGGCACCAAGACCAGGAGAGCGAAGGGGACAUGGCGGUUGCCGCUUAUGAUCUUGCCUCCAGUAAGAAGAAGGGCAAGAAGAAGAAGAAUGAGAAUCCCCCGGAGGAUAGAGCGGUUGCCCGUGCUGACUCGCACAUCCCCCCGUCACCAGAAAUUGCCACUGAGAAGAGGAAGAAGAAGAAGCAUCCGAAUAAGGGAAUCAUCGUGGAUGUGAAGCAGGAGCGUAGUUUCGUGGUGGAAGAAGAGCUGGUGAGUGAAAAGAAGAAGAGCAAGAAGAAAAAAGAGAAGGAUCAUGUGAAACUGGAAGAGGAUGUGAAUGACGUGGAAGAGAAAAUCGUCAAUGACAGUGCAGCAGAACAGAGAGUUGCCAGAACAGAGAGGGAAAGGAAGAAAAAGAAGCAUGAACAAGAGGAAGGCCGCACUGAGGUUGUGAAGGAGGAGAAGAGGAUUGCUGAUGGUGAUCUAGACAUAGAGAAGAAGAGGAAAAAGAAGAGGGGUAGAGGUGACGUUUAUGAUAAUGCUCCAGAGCAGGUAGAACAUACAAAGAAGAAGCAAAAGAAGCAUUCUGGAGAUUAG